AAACGUGUAAAACAUUCUGAAUAUAAUGUUCAUGCAAAAUAUUUGUUAUUUAAAAAUGUUGCCUGUUUUGAUCAGAGACUUCUAAAAUUACAUAUGAAAAGGAGUGGCGUCGUCAUGAAGGUAGUAUAUACUACCUUCAUGGCGUCAUUUAGCUCAAAAUUAGAGACGGAAUGCAUACAUUUGACAUAUUUGUAUCACUAGGCUUGUUCUUCAAAAUUCUUCAUGUCAGUUGUGUAUGAGAGUUACGUUAGUUACAACGAGUCUUGGCGUUACAAUUUAAGUCUGUGGGAUUCUAUUACGUGUACUUAUUCUUAAAUAGUCUUUGAAGGUGGGCUUGAUUUAUGCUUUGAUAAUAUUUCAGGACGUGAUGGCCAAUUGGUACAUGGACCUGACGCUGUAAUAUCUAUGUUAGACCAUGCAUUUGCCAACUAUAGUUUGGGUGAAAAUGAGUGUAGCUUGCAUGCAGACAACUGCUUUGGUCAAAACAAGAACCGUUACGUCCUCGGUUACCUGUCUUGGAGAGUUAUGACGCAGCGUCACCAGAAAAUCACGUACAUGAUGCAACUUCCUGGACACACACGGUGUUUGAUCGAUGCAGGAUUUGGGAACAUUAAGACACUGUACCGAAGGAAGGAUUGUGACACAUUACAACAUAUAGCUGAAGUCGUUAUCAACAGUUCCCAUAGUAACCAGCCUGUUACCUAUGGCGGAGGAAGUGGAUGGGUUUGGAGGGCAUGGAAAACUUUUUGGUGAUAGAUUUAAGAAAGUGCCAAAUGUCGCAAAAU